CCCAUGACAGAAUCGUUCGGGCGGGCUGGUGGCUACUAAAUUGACUGAAUAUUGGUGAUUAGGAGACCGAAAAAAGCGUACUAGUAACCGUGGAGUUAAUUUUUAACCUUUUAAACUUUAAUAUCAAACCUACAUGACGCCGCUGGGCGGAGGAGGACGCAGGCCAUCUCCAGCUGAAGCACCGAAUGGCUGCUGAUAAACAUUAAAACGUCGUUAGCUAACAGUUAGCAGACGGACAAACGCCCCCGAGGACUGCCUGAAUAUUUACAACCUGCGUUUUCCCUCCGCGAGCCAGUCAAACAACAUACUGGGACACCCCCCACGAAGCGGAGACAUGCAGUCAUCAGAGCAGCGCUGACGGGCCUGACUCUGGUUUAGCACAACCAUGGAGUCCUCCUCUGAGUCCCAGCAGGAGCCUGAGAAAACUUUGCACCAUGCAGAGUUGAGAGAGCACCAUGCCACCUCCGCUGCCGUAGUGAGCGGGGAUGACACCAUCCUUCUGACCCCAGGCAGGAUGAGCCAGCGCCAGGUGAAGGAGCGGGACAAGGAGAGGGAGAAGGAGGCAGGCCUCCAAACGCCCAACAGGGAGCACGUCGCCACCCCCUCUUCCCUCAGCCCGGGGGUCAGCUACAGCCACGGUUUCGAAAGAGGGAAGGAGGACCUCUUGCCUCUGCCUUUGAAAGAGGACUCACAUUCCAUAUCUAAGAGCAAGUCUGAAACAAAGCUGUACAAUGGCUCAGACAAAGAUGUGUCUGCAUCUGGGGGAAAGCUCACCAAGAAGGAGUCCCUCAAGGUGCAGAAGAAAAACUACAGGGAAGAAAAGAAGAGGGCAACCAAAGAGCUGCUCAGCACCAUCACUGAUCCUUCCGUCAUCGUCAUGGCCGACUGGCUAAAGAUCCGUGGCACUCUGAAGAGCUGGACCAAGCUGUGGUGUGUGCUGAAACCAGGCGUGCUGCUCAUCUAUAAAACCCACAAAAACGGCCAGUGGGUGGGAACGGUGCUGCUCAACGCCUGCGAGCUCAUCGAGAGGCCCUCGAAGAAGGACGGCUUCUGCUUCAAGCUCUUCCACCCGCUGGAGCAGUCCAUCUGGGCCGUCAAGGGUCCUAAAGGAGAAGCAGUUGGCUCCAUCACUCAGCCAUUACCCAGCAGCCACCUCAUCUUCCGUGCCGCCUCGGAGUCUGAUGGUCGAUGCUGGAUGGACGCCUUAGAGCUGGCCCUGAAGUGCUCCAGCCUGCUGAAGAGGACCAUGAUCCGGGAGGGGAAAGAAGACAUGAGCACGGUGGCCACUGGCGGAGAACACUCCAUAAAUUUUUACAGCCUCCUCCGAGCCCACAACAUCCAUGGUUUCCAGUUCAAUGACAGUGACCAUUUGAAAGACCCAGACCUGUACUCAGACAAGUCCGACAGGGAGGGUGAACAGGACCAUGAGGAAUCAGACCCAGAGGGCCUGGAGAAGAGUGAGGAGAGCGACAGCGAUACAUCAGAGCGGCAAGAUGACUCAUACAUCGACCUGGAUCCUAAUGAACAUCUGCGGGAAACCUCGUACCUGGAGCAGUCCCACGAGGAGCUCGGAGAGGCUGGCGAGGCUGCUCAGACAGAGACGGUAUCAGAGGAGAAUAAAUCUUUGAUCUGGACUCUGCUGAAGCAGGUGCGACCUGGCAUGGAUCUGUCCAAAGUGGUGCUGCCCACCUUCAUCCUGGAACCGAGGUCCUUUCUGGACAAACUCUCUGACUACUACUACCACGCAGACUUCCUGUCAGAGGCUGCGAUCGAGGAGAACGCUUACAACCGGAUGAAGAAGGUGGUGAAGUGGUACAUCUCUGGAUUCUACAAAAAGCCAAAGGGGUUGAAGAAGCCUUAUAACCCCAUUAUUGGAGAGACGUAUCGCUGCAUGUGGCUUCACCAGAAGACCAACAGCAAGACGUUCUACAUCGCAGAACAGGUAUCCCAUCAUCCUCCUGUGUCGGCCUUCUACGUCAGCAACAGGAAGGAUGGAUUCUGCGUCAGUGGCAGCAUCCUUGCCAAGUCCAAGUUCUAUGGAAACUCCCUGUCGGCCAUAUUAGACGGGGAGGCUCGGCUCACUUUUCUCAACCGAGGAGAGGACUAUGUGAUGAACAUGCCGUACGCUCACUGUAAAGGCAUCCUGUAUGGCACAAUGACCCUGGAGCUGGGCGGUCAGAUCACCAUAGCAUGUGAGAAAACGGGCUACAGCGCUCAGCUUGAGUUCAAACUCAAGCCAUUCCUGGGCAGCAGCGACAGUGUGAAUCAAAUCUCUGGAAAGAUCAAGCUGGGGAAGGAGGUGUUAGCUACGCUAGAAGGACACUGGGACAGUGAGAUCUUCAUCAACGACAAGAAGACAGGGACAAUGGACACGUUCUGGAACCCAACGGCAGAGCUGAGGCAGAGUCGAUUGACCCGCUGCACCGUCCCUCCAGAAGAGCAGGGAGAGUUGGAAUCAGAAAGACUGUGGCAACACGUGACCCGCGCCAUCAACAACAAGGACCAGACCGAGGCCACCAAUGAGAAGUUCAUCCUGGAGGAAGUUCAGAGGAAGUCCGCCCGCGAACGGAAAGCCAAAUGUGAGGAGUGGAUCCCCGCCCUGUUCGAGCAGGACCCCGUCACUGGAGAGUGGCAUUACAGAUAUGCCGACACAAGGCCGUGGGAUCCGCUCAACGACCUGAUCCAGUUUGAGAAAGACGGCUGUAUCCAGACCAAGGUCCGACACCGCACCCCUAUGGUACGUUCUGGCAGUCUUAUUAGUCUGAGUAACCAGGGGCCGCGGAGGGACAAUUGCAAGUGCCAGGUAACGGUGCCAAAGAGAAAACAUAAGAGCGACAAGCCUAAGAGCCCAGAGAGCGGCUGCUCUUCACCCGAACCCGACCGCCAAGACUCGUCAGGCAGCGAACGACACAAAAACAAGCAUAACAGCCGGCUGAGGAAAAAAGGAGCAGACCUCAGUGAACUUCAAAGUGCCAUUGAAUCUAUAAAGCAGACGCAGGAGGACAUUAACAGGAACAUCAGUGUGCUGAGGAGCCGUGCAGCAGGCCGGGUGGAGGGCGCCUCUUUCCUCCAGCAGCGCGACUACGUCAUCAUCAUUUUCCUUAUCCUCCUUCAGGUCCUGAUCAACUACGUCUUCAAGUAGCAGCCAUACAGGGAGAGUGGUGCCCUCACACACACACAAACAUACACUAUCUGAACGUAAGGCGUCACAGUGGGGGACUUAGAGACGUGAACUUUGACCUCUCAAAGUUAAAGACUCCAACUCUCUCUGUCUUUAGUAAGUCCAACUACACACGUCCAGAAAAGUGGAGACUUUUUUUUAAAACUUGUUUAUUUUUAACCAGUCCAUUCCAAAACUCUGGGGAGAUCCACAGAUUUCAAAGCGAAGAGAAGCAGCGAGAAGGAGUUGGAGGGGAGUUUUUGGUGCGAUGAAGUCUCGUCUGCCACUCUGGAGCUCAUUGAUUUGCCUUGAUGUAAGAGGCAAAGACAGCAGCCAUUUUUCAGCUGUUGUUUGUUUUGUUUUUAUUUCCAACGGAGUGAAACUACUCUCCGAUUCACAUUUCACCUCAAACAACAGGGAACCUUUUAACAUGGAGACGAGUACCACGACUCAGAUGGUAACACAGAUUUUAAAAAAUACCUUUAAUGUUCUUGUUUUUUUUAUGUUUUCUUUACUUUGGUGUGUCCUUUGUGAAUAGGGGUCUGCUUGGAACAAAAAGUGGCGAUAAGGGAGAGAAAAACAAAGUGGUCCAAUCUAUGUGACUUUUAUUUUUUUAUUACCAGAUAUCGGCUGGGGUUUCCAUGCGUUGAAAUGGAUGAGGAAGACAAACAACACAAGUAAUACUGUCAAAAGGAACAGAAGCUAUAAUUUCUGCUGUAUAAUAAAACUUCACCUUUUGCAAGUCGAUGUUGAAAGAAAAAAGUCAGAAGUUUAACACAGCGUCAUUGUAUACUGUAGGUAGCAUGUACAGACGGAGCGUGAUUAGGACAUUAUUUAGCCCUAUGUACAGUAUUUUAUCCUAAGGCACAAAUGCACUGGAAACGUCAGAUAUUUGUGUUAAUAUAGUUUUUUAUCAGUUCAACUUGCACUCUAUCUUUUACAUUUCUGCUCUGAGGAGGUCUGGAGCAUCAACAGAAGGUCAAAAAAAAUGAUUUUUGUGAUUUUUCAUGAGUUUCAGUGACCACUGCCCUAGUUUCAGGUAAAAGGAGUUGAUACGUUUUUAAUCAAAGUCAGCAAAGUGAAAUGAUGUCAUCUAAACUCUGCCUUCUUAGAUAUUAUGGCAAGUUAAAGGAACAGAAUAAGAAAUACGCGUAUUCAUUUUCUUGAUGGAGUUUGAUAAGAAGAUUGAUUCCACUUUCAUAUAUGUACAUUAAAUACAGCCAAUAGUCAGUUAGUUUAGCUUAACAUUAAGAGUUAAAGCAAAGCAGAACAGCUGGCCUGACUUUGUCAAAAGGUACCUACAGCCCAAUCCCAAUAUACUCUGCCCCUACAAUUUGACACUUACACCUCUGUUUUGCACGUUAGCGUCUCGGGGUAGGGUAUCCUGAUUCUUGCUGGAAUAGAGGGGUUGGUAAAGUGUUGGGGCCAUAUGGACCUCCAAACUGAGGGUUUUCAGAGGUUCACUUCAAAAUGAAUGUAUGAAGAAAUCUGCCCUACCAGCUAGAUCUCGUUGGUGUAAUCUGUACAAAAAACAAAGUAUAAAGACAAAACGUAUUAGUUGUACAGGUAUUCAAGUGUUGGGCCAUUCCUUGUCAUCGUUGUGAAGCCGAUAGGGCAACCGGCGGUAACUUAAAAAAGUGACUGUGUCUAGCUAAUAAUCAUCUCAGAACAUACCCCCCAAUAAAACUAAAACUUAUUGAACUUUGGUUUUUGUAGGGAUUAAACAAAUGAGAAACUAGUUAUAGAGUUAAGGAAGUGCUGGUUGGUGGAUUUUGUUACUUUUGACCAAGCCAGGCUCUGUUCUUUUUAAUAAUUAAAGCUAAGGAGCUACCAUCUUAAGGUUGAAAUUUAUUGUACGGACCUUCUCAAAUUACUUAUGGCAAGAAAGUGAGUAAGUGUAUUGCCUAAAUGAAACUCUUAACUAUUCCUUUAAGUAUGAAAUGAAGUAUUAAAAUUCCAGUUACGCUGUGCAACCAUGUAGACAAAAUCUAAAAGGUGUCAAGACAAGCUAAUUAUAAGAACUGUUUCAUAACA